UUUGUUCCUGACUUCUAUGAUCUUCCCCUGCUUCCAGUGUCCCCCUAUUAUCUCCUGAUAAGACAUAUCGUGUGGAGACACUGCACAUGCUCAAUUUGGUGUUUUUUUUUCCCUUGGGAGAGUGCAUGUGAUCAGCACAAGGCCAAUCAGCACUGUCGAGACAGAGGUCAGGGGUGCUGCACCCUCCUAGAGCAGAAUGAAAACUCCUCCUACAAGCUUUAACCAGCGAUCUGCUGAACACUGAUAGAAGCCACAAGACUGCUCUAACUGCCGACGAGAAAAGGUAUUUAGCAGUUUAUAUUUACUAA